CCUGGCCACUGUCAUGGACUAAUUUUAGGUGUGCGAGGUGCUUGGUUUAACACCAAUGGCUGGUUACGCCCAGUGGACGUGACGCCAAACAUAUAGUAAGUUGAGACACCACUGUAACCAGGAAGGCUUUCGUUCUUUUGAGCAGGGCUUAAAAAAAAAAGAACAGGUUAGUAGUCCUGUGAAGUCUGCUUCCUUGAUAAUAUCGUCAGAAAUCUCACCGAAUCUUGGGCCCGGGUUGUUGCGAAUGUGCGGAUGGACCGCAGUUAGCUGGCGUGGAGGAGCCGAAGCGGGCACCAGGCGGCGAUUACUGAGCUCUGUUAAAAUGGAGGAUGAAGAGGUUGCGGAGAGCUGGGAGGAAGCGGCGGACAGCGGGCCUGCGACUCUCCAACAGGCCUCGCUGUCCAGCACUACGUGGGUCAACAGGAAAUGAAAUAGAAAGAAGACUUGAGGCAAAGCUGAAAAUAAACCAGCUUUCGAAGAAGUCCAGUUCAAGUUCACCUGUGAGAACUGCAAUUGUAAUCCAGGAUGAAUCUCUUCCUGCAGCACCGCCACCACAAAUCAGAAUUUUAAAGCGGCCGUCAAAUAAUGGUACUGCGGGAAAUCCUGCAUCCUCGUCUCGACCUUCCCAGCAGAUGAAGUCUUUGGCGCAGCGUGAGGCGGAGUAUGCAGAGGCUCGUCGGAGGAUUCUGGGUAGUGCUUCGUCAGAUGAUACACCUCAGGACAAUCCAUGCCAAGAGAGGCCAGUUCGUAUAACUCCACAGCAACCAUCAGAACCAGUUCGUCCCAACAGUCAUGUGAUCCGCCAGCCCACCGGGCCUGACGGCACCUCAGGCUUUCGACUUUGCAGAUAAACCGGAGCCUCCCACUAUUAUUGGGUCAAAUGUGUUACCAAGAGAAGUGAAAGGGGUGUGUAGUAUCAAGAGCAGAGUGGUGUGUGAACAUUUGAAACAUGAAGAUAAAACAUGAACUCGUCCACCCUCGCUCUACCCAACAUAAUGGGAUUGUCUUUGCCAUCCGUCAUGCCUUCUCUCUUUGUGGAACAAUAGGAGGGGCUGGCAGAGAUUGGCCACCUCCCCGCCUGUUACACGCUUAUAAGGGGGCUUUUGCCUAACAUCCCUAAACACUGUGAUACUUUGCUAUACCAUGAGGUGCCCUUUGACUCUUACUCGUUCGCAGGCGAGUGUCAGAUGUCGGCCCCUUCCAGGCCAAUUAAGUAAGUCCGGGAACAGCCCUGGAGAUGGAAACGAAUGAGCUGGCCCUUCCAUGGAAAGUUGAACCGGUCAUGACUGCGUGUCCUCCGGUAAGACGAGUUCAGGUGGUUAAGUAUUUGCGUUAAGUAACUCUAGUAUUAGGCACUGGACAAAAAGUCAACCUGGUGUCACCUUCCGGUCAUCGUGCAUGUUGCUUUAUGUGUUUUAAUACAGAAGGGGCCCAAAGUAGCAGUCCACAGUCGUCCGUGGGGUGCUGGUGACUGCCCAAUAGUCACCCAGAUAAAAUAAGUCUGUUUCAUUCAAGCAAUAAGAAAUGCAUUCCUUCCUUAUUUUUUUUUUAUUUUUUUUUUUGCUCUAUUGUCAGUGAUCUGCUUUUUGGUCACGUGAUCUUGUUUUAAAUUCUUUAACUUGCAUCAAUUUUUUCCCCCGAGGAAUUUUUGUCAAGGAAUUCAAUAGACAGUAGAUUAUAGUAGUUUAUUUCAAAAUAAGAAUUAUAACAUCGAAGUGCAUAAGCUUUGAAACAGUCUUGACUCUCCUAUGAAUUGAAAGUAAUUGCAAAACUGAAGUGCAUUUGGUUUGCUUGAUCUGCAGCGAGUUGGUCAAUGUCGAUCAAAGACUGCAGCAUAUUUGCAGACUGUGCAAUUAAGAUGAUUGCUGGUAAAUGAUUAACAAAUGACUUGCCUAAGCAACCCAAGAAAGGAUGUUUCCACCAUCAAGUGAUUUAUUUUUUUAUUUUUUUUGGUAAAUUUUUGUAUGAAUUUUGGAUUUCAUUCAAAUGUAACUAUUAACUUCUUUCUCACUGCAUUUUACAGCAUUGUCAGAUGUCCACAACCCCUCAAACAAAAGUUUGCAAAUCAUGAAAGUGUUCUAAACAGCUAGCUAUUUAGCACAUUGUCUUUAAAUGGUCGACCCAUAUAUGCCUUAAAUCCUAAAUGCCCAACAUUGAUGGUGUGUGGCUUUUGCCUAUUCAUAUGGUGCUCAUUGCACUUAUGAAUGUAGCAUACGUUUUAAGCAAGUAGGAAAAACAACACAACUUGUCACAAAAAAAUCUUAAGGCAUACUCCACAAUUGUGCUCUCCAUUACAAAUAUUUCUUUAAAAGUGAUGAAAUAGUAUUUUUUUAUAUUUCUUCUAAGCAUACUAAAACAAUCUGUUUUGUCGGUCACAAUGUUAUACUAUUUUACAUAAAUGAGACUGAUUCAUGAAUUUAAUAUCACAGUAAAAUGAAGAAAAUGUUGUGAUGGAAUGUUAAAACUAUUCAAGGUUAAGUCAGAAGGUGAAUUUGUUUAUAAUUUUUUUUCAGUCUCCCUUAAUGGCCUUUAGAAAUAUUACACCUUUUUAGUGUGAGUAUUACGUUGCUUAGAACUCAAUUAGGAGCAGAAUAUGUUUUUUAAACAAAUGACAGGUAUGAGAAAUCUGCUUGUUUGUAUUUCUGUUUUGAUAUUUAAUUUGUUU